UUCUCUUGUUCAUCGCGUCGUCCAUUUGCGCUUGCAACAAGUCCUCGAAGACAACAACACACAGACACUUGGAUCUAUAUUAUCGCUGCCAUCAAGCCAGUGAUCUAGUCAAAUUCCAUUGUCCUGUAAACCUCAUGUCAGCAAGGACCUUACGAGGGGCUCUCGUGCAGGCCACACGCCAUUCUGCCAAUACCGCAAGAUCCGUUCCGUCUGCAUGGGAAGUCUCAAAGCGGUCCGUCGAGCUGGGUAACGGAGGCUGUUGGUCAUCUUCGAAAGACUCUGAUGCCAACCUGUCUCGUCUGCAGCGCACGGUGUAUGCUAUGACCAAGUUCCAUCACGAUGAAGAUACCAAUUCGGCAUGGCGGCGUCUGUCCGUGGCUCCGUUUGCCGUUAGAAAUGGAUCUGGCCAGAUAUCCAUCAAGGUCGCCGCGAUCGAUGACGCCGACCAGUGCGUCAAUGCCUUGAGAUGGAUGUCGUGGGAGAAGCUGGUAAAGGAAAUCAAGUCGGAGAGUACGCCCGAUUCGUCCGAUGUCGACGAAGUCCGAUUUUGGGAGCCUGUCCACGGCCGGAUCGUUCUUCCGGAACCCACCUCUCCAUUUCACGAGCGGCUUUGUGAAAUGACGGUCAAUUGUCAGACUGUUCCGGAAGACGAUGCUCAGAGUGAAGGAAACAUUGGCUGUCUCGGUGAGCCUCGCCGAAGCACUUUGGGGUCUUUCAACUGAUUGACGCUCUUUUGAACGGUCGUCUAUGACAGAAAAGUGCUCGCAAAUGCCAUGGAGACAUUAGAUGGUGAUGGCUCUUGCGGGGAUAGCGGUUUUGUCGCUGAUAACUGGGCUGCAAGGACAGACUCUGAGAGCUGUGCCGAACAACCAGCCAAGCACUCUGAGCCGGGUCCUUGACUCGACCCGGGACGCUCGACUUCAUUUAAAACAGC